AUGGCAAAGCAGGGUCAAGAGGAGCUAACAGUGUCAUUUUCAGAACAGUUAUUGGAUCCCAACCUUAGCUUUCCGGAUUAUCAGCAGACUACGAGGCAACUGACGUUAAACAGGGCUAGAUGUGUUGAUCCCACACUAAUAGAUACCUUUCUAAGGAAUUUGAGGCAUGGAUCAGAUGAUGUUAUCAAACAGAAGCUGAACAAUUAUAGCAAGCAAACUGAGCACCGAAACGAUACUAGAUUACAAAAAUGUGAUUCACUGAUUCAUCGGGAAAUAUAUCCCAACUGGCAGGUUCGAGAUAGUAUCAUUGAUUUCUGUGCCGCACAGGCAACGCAACUAAAGUACGAAUUAGAUCAACAGAAAUCUUCAGAGGUAAUAAGGACUACUGUGGAUACACGGUUAGACCCAUACUCUGUCAGAGACCUUCAACAUGAAGAAGAGAAAAAAUAUAAGCAAUGGAAUGACUUGAAUAAUUGGGUUGAAAACAAUAGGACCAUCGAGGGUAUACUCAGAGGCAGCUCAGAUCAUUUCUUAAAACAGAAUUGCGAUCAAAAUGUUGAUUAUUUGAGAAAGUUCUGGGAUUUGAGCUCUAAAUAA